CCCGCACUGCAUUGUGGGUAGUCCCAGCUCAGCCCCGAAUACAAGGUAGCGGCGCGGUGCAUGCCGGUCGGAGCGGGGUGACAGCGGGGACGUCAGAGGCGAUCUCCCUCCUCCAUCAGCCUGCAGGAAGCCGGCAGGAAGAGCGGCCAUCAAUCCGGUCCUUCCUGUGCGAUAAGCGGCUCAGCUGUAUCCCGAGCAUCCGGGGAGGAGGAGGAAGAAGGGGGACGCCAUGGACAAGCUGACGGGGCUGGAGAGUUUAUCCGGAGGGGGCGGCACCGCCGGAGCAUCUGCUGCUAGGAAACCACCCCGGCCAUCCGCGCCCCCGUCAGUGCCCAGCUCUCGGCAGCCCAGCGUGGAGACCCUAGACAGCCCUACUGGAUCACACGUUGAAUGGUGCAAGCAGCUGAUUGCAGCCACAAUAUCCAGCCAGAUUUCCGGUUCUGUGCACCCAGAAAAUGUUUCCAAAGAUUACAGGGUCUUCAAGAGGCCCGAUCUAAGGGAGGCAGCAUUGAGGCACAGUGGUGUUGCAGGAAAGCAUCUGAAGUCCAAAGAGACUCAGGAAGACCGCAAUGGCUAUCAUUCAGAAACGGAGUCCGAGCAGGUGGCUUUAAGAGAUGGGAAUAAGCAGGCUCAGAUGGAGGAAGCACCAUUAUUUCCUGGAGAGUCAAUCAAGGCAAUUGCUAAAGAUGUUAUGUACAUUUGCCCAUUCUGGGGUGCGGUCAGUGGAACAUUAACUGUGACGGACUUCAAAAUGUACUUCAAAAACAUUGAAAGGGAUCCACCUUUCAUUCUGGAUGUCCCCCUUGGUGCAAUAAGCAGGGUGGAGAAAAUCGGAGUUCAGAGUCAAGGAAACAAUUCUUGUGGUAUAGAAAUUGUAUGCAAGGAUAUGAGGAACCUUCGGCUGGCCUACAAACUGGAAGAGCAGAGCAAGUUGGAAAUAUUUGAAAAUCUUACAAGGCACGCAUUUCCAAUUUCCAGUAGACUGCCUUUAUUUGCAUUCAGUUACAAAGAAAAAUUCUCUGUGAAUGGCUGGAAAGUUUAUGAUCCAACAACAGAAUACAAGAGACAGGGUUUGCCCAAUGAGAGCUGGAAGAUCACCAAGAUAAACAGUAACUAUGAACUAUGUGACACAUAUCCAGCCGUCUUCGUUGUACCUACAAGUGUAGCAGAUGACGACUUGGCCAGAGUGGCAGCUUUUAGAGCUAAAGGACGUAUUCCGGUGUUGUCCUGGAUCCACCCAGAAAGUCAGGCUACAAUAACUCGCUGUAGCCAGCCUUUAGUUGGGCCCAAUGAUAAGCGAUGUAAAGAAGAUGAAAAGUAUUUACAGACUAUAAUGGAUGCCAAUGCCCAAUCACACAAACUUAUUAUCUUUGAUGCCAGACAGAACAGUGUUGCUGACACCAACAAGGCAAAGGGUGGAGGGUAUGAAAGUGAGACCGCUUACCCCAACGCAGAGCUCGUUUUCCUGGAAAUCCACAACAUCCAUGUCAUGAGAGAAUCCCUGCGUAAGCUGAAGGAGAUCGUUUAUCCAGCCAUUGAUGAGUCACGCUGGCUAACGAAUGUGGAUGGGACACAUUGGCUUGAAUACAUACGGAUGCUCCUGGCUGGCGCAGUGAGGAUUGCUGAUAAAGUUGAAUCAAGUAAGACCUCUGUGGUCGUACAUUGCAGUGACGGCUGGGAUCGGACGGCACAGCUAACAUCUCUGGCUAUGCUAAUGCUGGACAGCUAUUACAGAACUAUCAAAGGAUUUGAGGUUCUAAUUGAAAAAGAGUGGAUAAGCUUUGGCCAUAGAUUCGCUAUGAGAGUCGGCCAUGGGAAUGACAAUCAUGCAGAUGCUGACAGAUCCCCAAUCUUCCUUCAGUUUAUUGACUGCGUAUGGCAAAUGACUAAUCAGUUUCCUGCAGCAUUUGAAUUUAAUGAACUUUUCCUCAUCACCAUUCUUGACCAUCUCUACAGCUGCUUGUUUGGAACAUUCUUGCAUAACAGUGAGCAACAAAAAGUGAAAGAGGAAGUGCAAACAAAGACUAUAGCUUUAUGGUCCUAUAUUAAUAGCCACAUGGAUGAAUUUACCAAUCCUUUUUAUGUGAAUUAUGAGCACCAUGUGCUGUAUCCAGUCGCCAGCUUUAGCCACUUGGAACUCUGGGUGAAUUAUUACAUAAGGUGGAACCCUCGGACCAGACCUCAGAUGCCAAUUCAUCAGAACCUUAAGGACCUCUUGGCCAUAAGGGCAGAGCUUCAGAAGAGGGUGGAAGAACUCCAGCGUGAAGCUACAACCAGAUCAAUUUCCUCCUCAUCGGACCGGGGAUCGUCCCCUUCUGCCACUCCAGUACACACGGCUGUCUGACCUGCAUUAGGAAGCAUGUGGCACUGUGUGAGGAUUCAUCUUGGCGUGCUGCCACCAGUGCUCUCAAGAAUCUGAGCUGUAUGGGGAGUUCGCUUCUGACACAUUUCAGGCACAGGAAUCAAUGCAAUCUUUCAAGGCUUUUCCUUUCUGCUGGAAACGGCAGCAUCAUACAUCAGCUGUGGCAUUUUAAGAAUAAGAAUUUCACCUUCUUGAAACUUGCAUGCUGAGAAUCAUUCCAUGAUCCCUUUCCAAACACACAAUGUGUAAAUAUUGUACUUGUUCGAUAUUGUUUACAAGCCUUAGGCCUAUACCGCACUUUCACCCUUCUAUCACACUAUAGUUGUAUAGCUCCCAUACAACUGCUCAAGGCCUUUGAAACACAUGUAAGUGAA